CACACUACUUCCGGUCUUCCAUAGUUCCAUUUCACAGCACCACGAAAACAUGCUGCUGAAAUGGCAUGCGUCUUGACUUUCUAUGUGUAGAACCAUAAUGAGGCUCUGGUUACCAAAAUGUUUGGUCAUAUUUCGGGAAUACGUGGUUGUUGGGGUGGUGAUGGUGGCAAUGUUCGGUUGCUUAAGCCGUUCGAAAUGCGAUUUCGAGGCAAUUUUCAACUUUGGCGACUCGAAUUCAGACACAGGCGGGUUUUGGGCAGCUUUUCCGGCACAGUCUGGGCCCUUCGGCAUGACCUAUUUCAAGAGACCGGCUGGCCGGGCUUCCGACGGAAGGCUCAUUAUUGAUUUCUUAGCUGAAGCUCUAGGAUUGCCGUUUAUAAGCCCAUAUUUGCAAUCAAUUGGAUCAGAUUAUAGACAUGGGGCCAACUAUGCAACAUUGGCCUCAACAGUGCUCCUCCCAAACACUUCGUUAUUUGUUACGGGAAUCAGCCCCUUUUCUCUGGCCAUUCAGCUCAACCAAAUGAAGGAAUUCAAGAUCAAAGUUGAUGAACUUCAUGGCUCCUCAGACAAAACUGGAUCGACAAAACUUCCUUCACCGGCCAUUUUCGGGAAAUCGCUCUACACAUUUUAUAUUGGUCAAAAUGAUUUCACUUCCAACUUAGCAGCUAUUGGAAUAGGUGGUGUCAAGCAGUAUCUCCCUCAAGUGGUAUCCCAAAUCGCUGGCACCAUCAAGGAGCUAUAUGGCUUAGGAGGGCGUGCAUUUCUGGUGCUCAAUCUUGCACCUGUGGGUUGUUAUCCGUCAUUCUUGGCGGAGAUUUCUCGUAGCAGUUCGGACCUUGACGCGUUUGGAUGCAUGGUCCCUUACAACAAUGCAGUGGAGGAGUACAACAACAUGUUAAAGGAGACACUAGGACAAACUAGGGAAGCUCUCCCAGACGCUUCCCUCGUAUAUGUGGACACUCAUUCUGUGUUGCUAAAGCUCUUCCGCCAUCCCACAUCUCACGGGCUCCAAUAUGGUACAAAAGCAUGUUGUGGGCAUGGUGGCGGCGCCUACAAUUUUGACCCAAGACUGUACUGUGGAAACAGCAAAGUGAUCAAUGGGAACACUGUGACAGCAGCAGCUUGUAAUGACCCUAGCAACUAUGUUAGCUGGGAUGGAAUCCAUGCUACAGAAGCAGCAAACAAGAUUGUUACCUGGGCCAUUCUCAAUGGCUCUUAUUUUGAUCCCCCUUUUCCACUGCACCAACUCUGUGACCUCCACCCAAUAGCUUGAUCCAAUCCUUCUCAUUAAGUCACAUUUCAAGCCAAUAAAUUGUCAAAUAAUCUCACUCAAAAAGAGACAUCUUGCUCAGCAUAAAACCAGGACUAUUCUGCCUCCACACUUUGUCCAAAGAUUGUUGGAGAGCGGAUUUGGCCAAAGAAUGAUUUGCUUCCCUUCCAAUUUGCCCUAUAAACCAUGAUUGGAAGCCAUUUAACAAAUUUCUAAUAUCUUCCAUCAGUUGGUCAUAUAUACCGACUCCAACGAAA